CUUCUCUCUCUCUUUCGCUUUCUCUUUUUCCGAGUUCGCAAACAGAUUUCUUUUCUCGCUCCAUAUAGUCCGAGAAAGCAAAAGAAAGUGAAAUGGAAGCUCAGACCCAAACCCAAACCCAGCAACGCCAACCCAACAAAGAAACUAUGAAGAAAUCGUCUUCGAGGAGCUCCGACUGUUCGUCGACUCACAUGGAGUCGCCGCACUCUCCGCUCCGCUUCCACUCGCCGCUGCGAUCCGAGCUCGGCGACCCGCCGGAGACCCCGCCCUACGAGUCGCCGGAGAAUUCGCUGGAGAAGCCCGUCGAAUACUCCAGGGCGAUCGUAGCCGUCGAUAGGUUCACCCAGUACUCACCGCUUCCGUCGCCGGCGGACCGCCAGAAACCGCCGGAGAGCGCGAAGUUACCUUCUCCGGUGGUGGUGUUCAACCGGUCGAGGAGAGAGGACGCGCCUCCGUCAGUGACGAAGGUGGGGCCGAGCGUCGGCGAGGAAGGCCGGGGAACGGGGAUGAUGGCGUCGAAUCAGAGGAUCAGGUCGAAGAGGGAGGAGACGGACCAGAUGAUGAAUAAGGCUGCGCUAGGGUUUAGGCUCAGCGAGUUUGUGCUCUGCUUGGUUUCCUUUGCGGUCAUGGCCGCCGAUAAAACACAGGGUUGGAGCGGCGACUCCUUUGACCGCUACAAGGAGUACAGGUAUUGUUUAUCAGUGAAUGUUAUCGCAUUUGUGUAUUCGGGGUUUCAAGCGUUUGAUCUAUCUCUCCUUCUGAUCACCAAGCAUAAUUUGAUCGUCCACUCCCUACGCUUUCACUUUGAUUUCUUCAUGGAUCAGAUACUGGCAUAUCUUCUCAUAUCAGCAUCCUCAUCAGCUGCCACCCGGGUUGAUGAUUGGCAGUCAAACUGGGGGAAAGACGAGUUCACAGAGAUGGCUAGUGCGUCUGUCGGGAUAGCCUUCCUGGCAUUUGUUGCCUUCGCCUUUAGUUCCCUCAUUUCUGGUCACAACCUGUGUACACGCGGAUCUAAAUGAUCUUGGAACCAGGUUUAUGUUAUUAAGUUUUGUUUUGUGGUGUGAAUUAUUAAAUAGAAUAUUACAUACUUUCUAUGUGUACAGAGACAGAUUCAAUAUAAUUUAUUUCUUUCUCAAUAAGAUAAAAUAACAAAGUUUUUCACCAAA